AUGGUAGAAAAGCGUAAGCUUCCCGCACGCGCGGGACGCGAACCUGCCUCCAAAAAACGACACCCCGAAGCGGCCGCGACACCAACACCGUCCCAUAAGAAGAAAGCACUUCCUCGCGCUCCAUCUCAACCCCAAGAACCCGUAGAGGCACCACUCCCAACAAAACUACACGAUGGCGAUCCCAUACCAGUUACACGCGAGCAACAGAUUACCGACUUGCCUGACAAGGAAUAUCUGUCUGUCGCUGAAAGCGCAGUACUUCUUGCAUCAUUAGAGAGAUCGAAAAAGAGCUGGGUCAGCGAUGGCAUACUUGUCCGAUAUUACACGAAACCGAAAAAAGCGAAGCGCGAACAGAUCGAAAAAUUAAAUCCCCCGAAAGAUUCAAUGACGAAAGUUGGGCCUUGCGAUAUCACUAUUGGCCCCCAUCUGUUUGACGCCAUAAUUUACACUGUGAAAGAUCCAAGUGCGCCUCAGCCCCUUCAAUAUGCCCCUCCACAGCGUCCGAUGGUUCACUAUGGACACCCGAACAACUUUCAGCAAUACCAGCCAUAUUCCGGAAACCAACAGCGCAGGCCGCCCUAUUCACCUGCCACCCAAGGCCGCCCUCAAUCAGGUUAUCAAAGCAAUGGUUCACCUGCACCACGUGGUCCACACCAGCAACCCCCUCAGCGACCUCCGCAAGGUCAAAGCGGACCUGCAAAGCCAAGUCCUGAUCCAGUUAUCCAAAUGCUUGCCACCCGGGCGGCUGCUGAUCCAGAGCUCAAAGCGUUGAUGAGGGUCGUUGCUGGUAGUCUAGCCUCGCAAGAACAGCUUCGUGCUUUUCAAGCGCAUAUUGAUGAACUAAAUGCUAUCAUCAAAGCGAGAGAACAGCAGGAAAGGCGCCAACAAAACUCAUCUGAAACCCCAACUCAACAAGUACCACCUACACCAGUCUCGUCACAGCCGGUGAUACAGGGGAAGCAGGGGCAGCAUACAAUUCCCUCAACUCAGAGCCAGGGUUCUAAGUCACAGCCAGAUUCAUUAGUCAAGACUCCAUCAAAAGACAAUUUUUCGGAAGGACAGGCAGUGAAUCCACAUAAACCACAGUCCGAGGAUACUUCUAAAUCUGCAAUUCAGCCCCGGACGCCAGCACUCACGCCAGCAAAUGGCAAGCCAGAAAUCAAGCAGGAGCCAGUUGCAACACCCGCUCCAGUUGAAACGCCUGUUGGCACGAUUUCCCAGCAGCAAAGCCCAGCAGUACGUCAUACACAACCUUUACAACAGCCAGUAGCAAGAUCUGGGCAGGCUCCUCCAUAUCAGCAAUCCCACCUUCAGUCACGCCCUCAAUACAGUUCACCUGCGCCAAUCUACCGACCUUCAGGACCUCCAUCCACUCCUAGUCGCCAAGCUUAUAAAGCUGUGGUCUUUGAAUUCACAUCUCCCUUAACUCCUUACGGAAACAGUGCCUCUGGCCAUGCGGGUUCGGGAGAUCGAUAUCUGCUCCCCGAACACACAAUUUUAGAAUGGCUACCGGAUGAGAAUGUUAUCUUGGCAUCCUUCCUCGUCAUCCGCAUGGUCGAUCCGAGCCUUCCUUUUCCAAUUAAGCCUGCCACAGAUGCACCCAAAGCAAAAGCGGCUCCAAAAAAGAAGAAGACUAAAACUGAGAAAGAAAAAGAAGAGUCGAUCAACCCACUCGCGGCAGAUGCUAAGCCUAAGCCUGAACCCUCUGAUAAGUCAGAUGUCAAACCCGCUCCCAACCAGACAGAGACGCCUGCCGGCCCUAGCGAGCCACCAGUAAAAGCGGUCAAGCUCAAAGAAUACUGGCAACCUGUUACCUUCCGCAUCCACGCGACUGACCACAGGUUUCUCGAGCCUCUUACCCAUGUAGUGAAGCCAGCCGAAGAGGUGCGCAAGUAUAUGAACGACAUCAUGGACCGAGCUGAGCGUGCGCCAGACGGAUUCCCAGCCCUGCGUCUACCUCGCGAAGAGUCUCGUGUAGUAUUCGAGGCUGAAAGCACGCCAACUUCUGGGAUGAAUACUACCGCGGCUGCUUCUCGACGUCCAUCCAGAGGUGUUGUCAAGGCAGCCGAGGAGGAGUCAGAAGUCGAGAAUUCCUUCUUCGACAAUCAUUUUGACCAAGAGCCUGAUUAUGAAGAAUUAAAGGAUUUAUAUGAUGCGCCAAUGGGGCUGCCGCCCAUUUGUGGUUGA